GUCUGCUAACGGCGGCGUUCACCUUGGAGCUUGGUUGAGUGUGUGUGGGAGUGAGUGCCGGCGGUGAUGGCGAUGCCGCCUGUACACAGGUGUAUCCAACUUUUUGCUGAAAACGAGCAUAUACAAAGAAAGUUGAAGAAACUUCGGCUGAAAAAUGAACAAUUGGAACGCGAGCUCUCAGAAGUCCAGGGAAAGCUGCAAAUGCAACAGCUGAUGAGGGACUUUGUAACUACCAGAGAUGCUCAAAUACAGACAGAACCACAACCAUGGCACAAAGGAGGUGUUAAACAAGGCAAUAUGUCAAAGGCAGAUGAAAGGAACAAUCGACUGCUACAGAUGUAUAACGCUCUACAGAAACGCUAUGAAAAAGAAAUUAAAACCAACAAGGAGCAGAGUGAAAUCAUCUCUAAUCUCACUAUGAACAUUCAUGAGUUAGAAUUGCAGCUUGUGACGUCAAAACAAAGAAUUCAGCAGCUGGAACACCCUCCCACAGUGAGGAGACGAAGGACACCAACACCAGAGCAUGGCACUACAUCUCUCAAACACCAGUCUGAGGGCAAGAGAUGCUGCUCAUCUGACUGUAUCCACACUGAGUUGUUGCUGGAGAUAGAAAGACUGCAAAAGGAUAAGAACAAACUGAUAAAAGAGAGACGUAAUCUGAAAAAUGAGCUAGCUGGACUAGACAAGGGUUUCUUUGAGGAAAUUGAAGAUUUAAAAUAUGCUUUGCAAGAAUCUGCUAAACUGAAUAAAGAGUAUGAAAAAUGUCUACGGACCAUGUGUGAAAAAUGUGGCCUUCCAUUUCCAGAAACAUUAUGUACAGUUACCACAAAAUGAAAAAAGCCAACCUUUGAAUUUUUACAGCACCUUCACAACCUCAGGAUGUCUAUUUUGAAGCAUGGUCACUGUUGUAAAAUGGAGAAAACUGCAACCAAUCUGUGCAUAGCAAGGUCCCAAGAAACAGCAACAAGAUGACUGGCGUUAUAUAACCUAAAUAACACCUCAGUAAGAAAACUUAACAGUUCUGAAGAUUUUGAAAUGUUAAUUCUCUUUCUGUCUCCACAGAUGCUAUCAGAUCCUGUCGAAUUUCUCCGGCAUUGUCUGUAUAACUGACCUAAUGAUCUGUUUUAAUAUUGUGAACUUAAGAGAAGAAUGUGAGUUGGAAAAGCUCCCUGCUCUACUUUGAAUUGUGCUACAGGAGCAUUUAUGUUCACAGGAGAGGAGAGAAUGGACAAUAACUCAGUUUAAUGCCUUAAAACAAUGCAUCUGUAACAGUGCAGUACUUAUUCCAAUCUGCACUGGUACAGCAUGCUAGAUUAUAUACAAAUUCAUCUAGUAUGGAUUGAACAAAGUUUGGGAGAAGAUUUGUAGCUCGGGUGCUCGUUGUGGUUCUGUUUGCCGAUCUGGGAAUUUUAGAUUACUUACAGUGUGGAAACAGGCCCUUCGGCCCAACAAGUCCACACCGACCCGCCGAAGCGCAACCCACCCAUACCCCUACAUUUACCCCUUACCUAACACUACGGGCAAUUUAGCAUGGCCGAUUCACCUGACCCGCACAUCUUUGGACUGUGGGAGGAAACCGGAGCACCCGGAGGAAACCCACGCAGACAAGGGGAGAACGUGCAAACUCCACACAGUCAGUCGCCUGAGUCGGGAAUUGAACCUGGGUCUCAGGCGCUGUGAGACAGCAGUGCUAACCACUGUACCACCGUGCCGCCCACAUGCCACCGUGCUGCCCACUAUUUGUGUUGCAGACGUUUUGUCCCCUGUCUAGGUGACAUCCUCAGUGCUUGGGAGCCCUCUUAUGAAGCGCUUCUGUGAUCUUUCCUCCGGCAUUUAUAGUGGUU